AAAAAUCUUGGUGAACACGGUAGCAAUACAAUCGUUCCGAUCACAAGCUGAAACUCUCACCGGGCGAAUAUUGACAAGCACUUUCAUACAUCGUAUAUUACACCCCAAAUAUAGGUGAACCUACAACAAAUUUGAUCAUACACGAUUCGGGUUUCGACGAACCAGAAGGUGGAGGACUACCUUCGUAGCCGUGCAGACAGGUUGGCUAGGAAAUUACCUUUCUUUUCAAGGACUAUAUUAGCUCCUCAAAUUAGAAGCUCAACAAAAUAUGAGGCUCAAGUCGAGAAAUUAUUCUGUUACCGAAAAGGGGAAGGUUGAGCCAUUCAUUCCAAAACUGGAACUUUGCUUUCCAAGAAGCUACACAAUAAAUAAACACGAGGGGCGCCCAUUUUGUAAUCCUGUUCCAUAUAUAAAUACACCGUCCCAAGCACGUAAUUCAUAAUACUUAUAUCUCGGCCAGUAUUGUUCUAUAAUGUCUCUUCCAACCCAUGACAAAAGCAAAGCCCAAGUUCAUUGUCACGGUCUAGAUUCCAACACAAGUUAUCUGCCACCAGUUACUUCACAUUUCACCAUGGUUCCUAAAUCUUCUGAAGCAAACGAAAUUGAAACUACCACAACUCUAGUUUCCCCCAAAACUACCCUUACUUCCGAAGUUGAGAGGAAAACUGGGUUAAAUGUUUCACAGCUAGAGAUAGAGGGACCCUUGGAGAUCGAGCUAGACAAUAUUCCUUCUUCCACAUUCAAACUUGUCGGAUCCUACGGAAACUUCCAGCAACAUAUUCGCAGUGAACCAGCUCCACACGUGCCUUACACCGAUGGUCGGUACUUGGUGAUGGAAAAACGGGGCCAACCACCGGCUGUACUGCCGAUUAAGUACAAUAACCACCGGUUCUACGUUUCGGGAGCGUACGACUAUUCUGAAGACUUCUACACCCAUCCACGGUUACUCGAAGUAUUGGAAGAAAGGUUCCGCAAAGAAUAUUCCAGAAAGAAGGCAACCCAUCAGAGACAACAGAAUUUCUGGAACAGAUUCUCGUUCUUACCGGAAUCCUGGAGAAUUCUAGAACCGUACAUGGAAGAAACACCGCCCCAGGAUCUUGUGGCACACUACAGAAAAAUUAGCGGAAUGAGAAGGCUACUUGGCCGAAGGCCACCUCCACUCGAGGAUACUUCCAACUGCUCCUCUUUGAAGAGCGAAACAAUAGUUCAUGUAGUAUCACCGACGCCAGUAUUGACUCCUUUGUCGGUAGCGCAGCAUCCUGGAAUACAUCCCUCUAACUUGCUUGCUAAGGGUGAAGACCCUAUGUCGUACUUCAGCAAACCGAGAGUCUUUGUUCGUUGGUAUGACUACCUCAAUCUUCGCAAGCUUUACCACAACUGCAACUACAGGAAGCUCUCAGUUAUUCUUGCACUUCUCGCCUUUUUUUCUAUUGUUCCCCUUUCCUUUUAUGCUACCGGCAUGAAGGCUCGAGGAUUGGCAAAAAAUUACAGAGUCGAAAAGCAAACGGUACUCAGUGAUUACGUUUAUCCUCAGCUUUCGGCCAUCAGAACACGUUUAGUGGAUCCUGAUACGCCUAUGGAAUAUCAUACUAAAGCAGGCAAGGAUGGGAAACCCCUUAAGUUGGUAUUCUCAGAUGAGUUCAACAAAGAAGGACGGACAUUUUACCCCAACGAUGACCAGUUCUUUGAGGCGGUGGAUAUUCACUAUGCCGCUACCAAUGAUUUGGAAUGGUAUACUCCAGAAAUGGUCACCACAUCCAACGGAUCCUUAAAGAUAAGACUAGACUAUAGAGAUGAUAUUCACGGAUUUUUGUUUGCCUCAGCCAUGCUUCAAAGCUGGAAUAAGUUAUGUUUUCAGGAGGGUCUCUUGGAAGUGUCGGUAAAACUCCCUGGUUACUCUAAUGCUGGUGGAUUAUGGCCUGGUGUGUGGACAUUGGGGAACUUGGCCCGAGCUGGCUACACCGCCUCUACAGAGGGGGCUUGGCCGUAUAGUUACGAAGCAUGUGAUGCGGGAAUCACUCCUUCCCAGUCGUCUGAAGACGGAAUGUCUCAAUUGCCGGGGCAAAAAUUGGCAAGCUGUGUAUGCCCACAGGAGGAUCAUCCAAACCACGGAAUAGGAAGAGGUGCCCCCGAGAUCGAUCUUUUAGAGGCCAACAAGAUACGUGGGAACAAAUUGUUCAGCGUAUCUCAGACUUUGCAAGUAGCUCCUUUUGACAUCUGGUACUUGCCCGAUUACGAUUUUAUCGAGAUGUAUAAUCCCAACCUCACCUCCAUGAACAAUUACGUCGGGACACCCUACCAGGAAGCCAUUUCAAUCUUGACCUCUCUCAACGAGACGUGGUUUGAGCAUGUGCGUGAUUUGUCGACACCAGAUGUAAUAUUACCAAACGAGACACAUUUUCAGACAUAUGCUAUGGAGUACGAGUCAAAGGGGAGGCCGGAAGAUGCCUUUGUGGCUUUUAGGGUAGGAGACGUACCGAGUGCCACUAUUAAAGGUAGCGCCUUGCACCCGGAAGGAAACAUCGACUGGCGGUAUAUUUCGAAGGAGCCCAUGUCGAUCAUCAUGAACUUGGGGUUGUCAUAUUCAUGGAACUACAUCGACUGGCCCAGCUUGCGUUUCCCAGCCACUCUAGAAAUAGACUAUAUCAGACUCUACCAACAGGAAUCGCAUAUUUCCUUGACCUGUGAUCCGGAGGGCCACCCAACCACUGAGUACAUCGACCAGCACUUGAAUGCAUACAUGGAUGCGAAUUUAACAUCGUGGUUGGCAGCGGGGUACACAUUUCCGAAAACAUCGUUAGAUGGAAGGUGCAAGUGAGUUUUUUUCUCAAGAGAAGUGCUAUUAUCGAAAUACACAUUUACAAGCUAAGACUUAGUUUAUUAAUCAAGCUAAAGCUGAUCAGGGCAACCUUGGUUAAAGCUUUUGAACUUUUUAAA